GGCCGCGCCCGAGCCCAGGAACCGCGGAGGCGCGCCCUGCCUCGGGAAGGGCGAGUUCCCGUUCAGCCGCACGGGUCUGUCUCCGCGGACAGUAACGCCGCCGCUCUCGGGAUGCGGCUGCUCUGAGCGCCCGUCCACCCGCCGAUCCGAGGAGCCGGCGUUGACCGGUAUCUUUCCUGGUGUGUGAGAAGGUGGUCUUGUAGCCGGCACGAUGACCAACCCUGCGGCCACGCAGAACAAGGAAAUAGACUGCCUGAGCCCAGAAGCUCAAAGACUGGCGGAGGCCAGGCUGGCGGCGAAGCGUGCGGCCCGCGCCGAGGCCCGAGAGAUCCGGAUGAAGGAGCUGGAGCGGCAGCAGAAGGAGAUCUAUCAGGUUCAAAAGAAAUAUUACGGGCUGGAUACAAAAUGGGGUGACAUCGAGCAGUGGAUGGAAGACAGCGAGCGCUACUCGCGUAGAUCCAGGAGAAACACGUCGGCUUCUGAUGAAGAUGAGCACAUGUCAGUGGGUAGUCGUGGAAGUCUGAGGUUGCAGCCUGACUUGGAGUAUGGGGCUCCCUACACCUGGACAAAUGGUUAUGAUGGAGAAUUACAUGGAUCACAGUCCCUGAAUAGCAGAUCUAGCAGGAAUUCCAGCUACAGCGGUGACGGCAGAUUCUCUACUUUGUCAUCAUCCAGAGAGGAGAAGCUGCCCUCCUAUCUGUACAGCGCUUCCCGGCCAGCAGGGAGUUACCGGGCGUCGGUACUGGAUGAGAGCAGCCUUGGCGGGGCUCGGCGGGGCAGUGCCUGCAGCUCCUGUGCUCCCUCGGAGCACAGUGGCCACCUCAACUCCAGCUCCCGCGCCUCCUCCAGAGCCAGCUCGGCUCGGGCCAGCCCAGUGGUUGAAGAUAGAGUAGACAAAGAUUUCACUGAGAAGGGGUCUCGUAGCCUGCCCGGCCUGUCUGCAGCCACGCUGGCCUCCCUGGGUGGGACUUCCUCCCGGAGAGGGAGUGGGGACACCUCCAUCUCCAUUGACACUGAGGCAUCCAUUCGGGAAAUCAAGGAACUCAGUGAGUUAAAGGACCAGAUUCAGGAUGUAGAAGGCAAAUACAUGCAGGGAUUGAAAGAGAUGAAGGACUCACUAGCAGAGGUUGAAGAAAAAUAUAAGAAGGCUAUGGUUUCCAAUGCUCAGCUAGACAAUGAGAAGACAAACUUCAUGUACCAGGUCGAUACCCUAAAAGAUAUGAUGCUGGAGCUCGAAGAACAGCUGGCUGAAUCUAGGCGACAAUAUGAAGAGAAAAACAAAGAAUUUGAAAGGGAAAAACACGCCCACAGUAUACUGCAAUUUCAGUUUGCUGAAGUGAAAGAGGCCCUGAAGCAAAGAGAAGAAAUGCUUGAGGAAAUCCGACAGCUACAGCAGAAACAGGCGAGUUAUAUCAGGGAGAUUUCUGAUCUUCAGGAAACAAUAGAGUGGAAAGACAAAAAGAUAGGGGCCUUAGAGAGGCAGAAAGAGUUCUUUGAUUCCAUAAGGAGUGAACGAGAUGAUCUUAGAGAAGAAGUAGUCACGCUGAAAGAGGAAUUCAAGAAACAUGGAAUAAUCCUAAAUUCAGAAAUAGCUACCAAUGGAGAGACUUCAGACACUCUCAAUAAUGUUGGAUACCAAGGUCCUACCAAGAUGACAAAAGAAGAGUUGAAUGCCCUCAAGGCGACAGGGGAUGGGACACUAGGAAGAGCCAAUGAAGUGGAGGUGAAAAAUGAAAUGGUGGAGAAUGUGGGGAAAAGAGAAAUGUUGCAGAAUACUGAGCGAGAACAGCACAAAGAGGACCCAAUAAAGGAUUGUGUGGACACAGAGGUGUUACAUCCUGGUGAAAAUGCCGAGGACCAGAAACCCUCUGAAGACAGUGCCCCCUCCCUAGGGACAUUAGCAAAUGCUACAAACGAGGAACAGGUUCAAAGCCCAAUUCUAGAGAAUGCUUCCUUCCUUGAAAAUACAGAGCAGGUUGAGUCGAAUGAGGUCCUAAACAUGCCAGAGGAUAGGACAGGAGCGACCCUUGAGCAGUCCAAAUGUUUGAGUGAAUUAGAUAGUGAAAUCGCAGAUCCUGUGAUUGGGCAGGACGGUUGUAAUGCCUUGGAUAUUGAAAAUCAAAGUAAAGAAUCUGCAGAAAAAGAGGAAGAAGAAAAACAAGAUUUUCAAACCAACUUGGGAGAGGUUAGCACAAAACCAUGUCAGGAAUCUGCUCCUUUGCAAAUCUCUGAAGUUGAAAGAGUGAGCAGUACAGACACUGGGGAGCAGAGUGGGAGCCCCACAAAGGGUGAUGCAGGGCUAACUGGAUUUGAGGAGCAAGUGGGCACAGUAGCCUCAAGUCAUCCAAGGUACAGUGAUGACACUGAGAGUCAUGAUGAAAAAUGUGUGGUAGAUGCCCCCAAAGAGUUGGACCCAAGUGCAGGGCAUGAUUUAGAGAAAGAACUCACCAACCAGGAAGUAGCUGAGCUGGAGGAGGUCCCAAUUCAGAGCGCAGAGGUAGGUGGGGAGAACAAUGAAGAAGAAGAUGAAGGAAGGGAAUUAAGGGGUGAGAAACCAAUCCAGAUGGAAGUCCAAACCAUUCCUUGUUCUCCAGCAGCCGAAAGCAGUGCUCAGGAAGCAACAGGUCCAAGUAUGGUAAACGCUGAAAGAGAACCCCUAGAUAUGAAAGAACCCGAUGAAGAAAAGAAUGGCCAACAGGGAGAGGCAUUGGAUUCAUCACAGAAGAAGACAAAGAGCAAGAAAAAGAAAAAUAAGAAGAAAAAAUCACCAGCCCCUGUAGAAACCCUUAAAGAUAUUAAGAAAGAGUUAACAUUUCAGAACCCAGAUUUAAGUGAAGCUAAGGAAGAAGAGCAGGUAAAAUUUACUGAUGAAAAACCAGUUGUAGAAGCACAAAAUGAGGUCACUAAAAAUCCAGAACAGAAAAUUGUAGCAGGAAGCAGUGAAAAUGUGGAUUGUCCAGAAAAUCCUAAAAUUGAUUUGGAUGGAAACCUUAACCAAGAAGAUUAUGAUGUAAACACUAAGGCAGGGAAAGUAAUAGCUGAUGGAGACACAUUAAACUUUGAAGAUAAUACAGUUCAAUCGUCAGACACUAGUGAUAAAGAAUUAGAUGAAGGUGUUAUAAAAGAAAAUGCUAAAGAAGAUGGCGCCACUCAAAGCCAUCCUCCAGAACCAGAGAAUGAAGAGGCAUCUAGCAGCGCCCUGCUCGAAAAUGAAAGUCCCUCAAAGGACGUUAAUGAUGCCUCUCAAACAGAAAGUACAGAGGGGCUUGUGAUGUCAGAAUAUCCAAGUCAGACAGUCGGGAAGGGUUUAGAUAGCAGUAGUCUAGAAAAUGAUGACUUGGCACCAGCGGGAGAGUUGGGAGACUUCAAUUCAGAAAGCAGAGAAGAGACAGGCAGAAAUGAAAAGGGCAGAAGCAAAGAAGACUGCUCGUUGUCGUAAAUCGAGGCUCGCUUGUAAGGUACAGUUUUAGAAAGGGGCCAAAGACUGCACAGUAAGUCCAACUGUAAAGACUCUUGUCUGUUAUCUCCACUGAUGAGAUUCAGAAAAUGUUCUAGAUUGAUAUAGAUGCACCAUAUGACAAUCAACCACCAAGUUAUCUACUACUUUAAGUUAUAAACUGUUACUUGUAGAUUUAUAUUUCAUCAGUAAGGUUAUCACCCAGAUUAGAAAAACACAUUUGUUAUCAAUGUAAGUUCUAAUUGAGAGCAUUCCAGUAGUAUCAAACAAUAAGGUACACUGUUUAGAUUUCUGCUUAAAAUCAAAUAAAAAUAUUUAGCAUUUGCCUUAAGCUGAUAUGAAUGUGGCUAUUGACCAAAUACAUCAGCAUCUAAUUGAAAUGACCAAAUAGCAUUCUGAGAUUUCCACAUGAUGAGUAUAAUUUAAUUUGUCUCAUUCAAAUAUAUGUAUUUUCCUAUUUGAUUUUGAUAUGUACUUUAUAACCUGUAUGGGAUUUUAUUUUAAAAUGAGAUAAAGGGCCAAAUAGCACAUAGGUCACUGAGAGAGAAGGUUUGCACCUCA